AUGCGAGCCUCAUGCCUCUUGUUGAUAUCCGCCAACGUUGUAGUCAACGCUUUCCCUAACAUAUGGGGUAGUGGAUCUAGCGCUGCGGUAGAAGCAGACAUUCCGAAUUUGGGCCCAAAUGUUAUCAUUGUCCGUCCGAUUGAUCCUACCAAUUCUGAGCAGAUCUCCAAAGCUGGGGAGAACCUUAGGAAUAUUUGCGGGUCUGAGCACGUCAGAGCUCAUCAAACAUCUGACGGGACUCCAUCUUGGUUGGUCACUUUGAGCGACCGAGAGACACUUCAGUACCUUCCAGGAGACUUUCUCUGCAUUCUCCAGGCGGCGCUCGAAGCGUGCCGGCAUAUUCCACGCGAUGAUCUGUUCUACAACAUUGCUGCGAAGGACUACUACAAUGACGAGGAGACUAAAGCGACUCGUGAUUUCAUCAACACCAAACUCACGAAUCCCGAUCAGGAGAUCAUCGAGUUUACUUAUCCGGGAACUAGUCAUGUUCUUGGCUGGGGUCAUGUUCAAUUGAGGGAAGCGGCUAAGAGCGAGCUGGAGGCAUAUGCUGGCAUCGUAUCACCUCUGGGGGAAGAUGGUCCCGUUGACGAUGAGCGAGCUGUCUCCGACAGUGGACUUGAAAUUCCUCGUAAUGCCCGGGCAUCGAGGCUCUCGGGGAUGAUCCAUUCUUCAUACAUGGCUGUCACUAGUCGUCUUGCCAUCUUUAAACGUGCGAUUACGUGGACAAAACAAGCACCCGCCAGUUGGGAUUUGAACAUGGUCAGUCAGCCAAAAGAGAUGAAAGAUGACCAAGUGAGCGAUUUUGUGUACGACGACAAUGCCGGAGUUGGAACCUGGGUUUAUGACAUUGACUCUGGGGCUGCGCUCAGAGUCAUAAAUAUGGCCAGUCGGAAUUUGGAAACGUCGAAACACUGCAGACCCAGCCGUCCAAAGACCCAGCCGUCCAAGGACGCUGGUGAGGCUGAAGAUUCAGAUGGCAGCGACACAUCGCACGGCACAAAGGUUUCCUCUAAAGCUGUGGGUCAAAAGUAUGGUGUAGCCAAACGGGCGACUCUCGUCUCAGUUAAGAUGAGGCCCGAAAGGUCUAGAUCGACGGCAGACUUCAUCAAGGCUAUAGAUGAUGUGGUGAAUCAUCUAGCUGAUGAUGAGAGAGCCGACCGACGUUCGAAAACAGUGAUCAUCUCAAGUCUAGGAUUCUCUCAGGCGGACCCCACACACACCGCUUUUUUGCGUCCCAUCUUUGAAAGCCUGUUUGCGCUAGGUAUACCGUUUGUUACAUUUUCUGGUAAUUUUGGAGAUAUUCUACCUGAUAUCAACAAACUACCCAAAACGCUGGUUGGGCCAGACAUGCCCAUCCUGAUCGUGGGUGCUGUUGACGAUCAACGCAAGAAAACCAGCUACUCUCAGGCGGGCAAAGACGAGGACAUGAUAUAUGCACCUGGAGGUACCGACGCUCGCAAGAUUGAAGUACAAUCGAGAUUCAACAAAAACGAAGGUGAAGGUACUCCGGGCCAAGAGAGAGGCACAUCGUUCGCCGCCCCGAUUGUAGCUGGUGUCAUUGCUACAUACUUCAACUAUGACCCAAAGCCAUGGGACGACUCAAAGACAGGAAAGCAACGUGUACAAGCAAUUGAAGACUUCAUUCGCAGCGACUCAUCGAGCUGGGAUGACUCAGGGCUAAGUCGGACUAUAUGGAACGGCGCCACUCGUGCUGACCACCAAAGCCCUGGAGCAAAUGGUCAGUCAGUGCCUCCAGCGGGACCUACCAAAGCUCUUAGCAUCAUCGGCGAAUAUACACCCGAAGCCUCGACCUUCGACUGGCUUUUCUUUUCCAUAGACUACGAUACAGGUGCUGAGUGCCGUACCGACAUAGCGACAGAGCCGAAGACGGUACCAUUUUCUGAUACUGGUAUGACCUACCCAGGAGGAACAUGGGAUGUCGACCUUGCUGGAGAGAAGUGUGAAUACAAGAAUUCGGGAGACAACCCAGGCGCUCUGUUCUGUAAUGGCAAGGAAAUCGCUUGCUUCGACGAGGCGGGUGAUUCCGAGCCGGACAAAGGAGAGUAUGAGUGUGGUGGGAAGAUGCGCCAGCCUGUCUUUAUCUGCCCUUACUAG